AUGAGACCUUUGGCAUAUAUUAGUCUUUGGCUUCUUGGCUUCUUCAUGGCAGCUUCUCAAGCUGGAUUCUGUCCAAGGGAAUGGUUAUGGUAUCAGAGGAACUGUUAUGGGCUCUUCCAUGAGCAGAUGAGCUGGCAUGAGGCCAAGAUCAGCUGCCAAAGCUAUGGCCGGGGGACCCACCUUGCCUCUAUCCUUACCAGGCCGGAAACAUUGAUUGUAUCCAAACAUAUUUCUGCUUAUAUGAAAGAAAAAGAUGUUGAUGUCUGGAUUGGACUCCAUGAUGUUCGCCAUAAUGGGAUUUGGAGGUGGACUGAUGAGUCGGCUUUCAACUACAAGAACUGGAUGUGUAAAGAACCCAACAAUCUUUGGAAUUCUGAGUACUGUGUGGCUCUCCGAGCUGCUGCAGCUUACAAGGGAUGGAUCGAUGCUGUUUGCAUGAAGAAAAAAGCCUACAUCUGCAAACAUCAACUUUAG